GUCAUACUUUAUUCUCGCAUCGGAAAAAUUAUUUUGAUAGUAAUACUCAUCCAGUCACACUGAGCACAACCCACCACCGAUGCCUCGUGGUCGCUUUCUACGCCCUUCAACGCCUCUGAUCCCACGAUAGACACAAGAACGGGACAUCAUACUGACGGACCACGGGGUUCUCUCUCUGGCAUCGCUAUACACUCGUUCGACCCAAGGUCCUCUCUCCCCUCUUCUUCUUCAUUCUCUCAUCCUGCUCCCCUCCCCGGCCACAAUCGAGUAAGAUGCAAUGACGUUCCAUGCAAUGUCAAUACCAGAAACAAAGGUUCUGGCCAUAGCGAGCCAUGUACGUUGUUGCCUCAAAUCUCAUAACUCCCUUCAGACGUGCCUGGGCGUCUUACUCCCCUUUUCCGUCCUGGAAUCCUUGUGAGAGAUGUAUCUGGCGGGCCAGCCGGGCUUCUCUGAAGAACUUGUGCCACACAGAUGGGAUAGAUAGGGCUGACAGCGGCAAAUGAGCAAGGUCGUCUAUGGAUAUGUCGGGAAUACCAUGGCCACCUUUGUGAUGCAGGUGCUUGGCUGUGAUGUUGGAGCCAUCAAUACUGUGCAUUUCAGCAACCACACAGGAUACCGCCAAUUCAAGGGCCGGAGGACUCCCGCCGCCGAGAUCCGCGAGCUCUACGACGGCCUUCGCCAGUCUUACUUGACGGAUUUUGACGUCCUGCUGUCGGGCUAUUCGCCCUCCGUCGAAGUCGUCGACGCCAUCGGCACCAUUGCCCGCGACCUCCGGUACCGCUCCGCCGUGCAUCCGGGGCGAUUUUUCUGGGUCUUGGACCCCGUCAUGGGGGAUCAGGGCCGACUGUACGUCAGCGAGGACAUCGUCCCUGCGUACAAGCAGCUCAUCAAAGAAGCGGACUUGAUCCUUCCGAACCAGUUCGAGGCCGAACUCCUCAGCGGGGUGUCCAUUUCGAGCUUGAGUGGGGUUGCCAACGCGGUGCGGACGCUGCAUGCCGUGUACGGGACACGGCACGUGGUGGUGACGAGUGUGAGAGUUGGUGAUUCUGCAAGCACCGUCACGGAAGGAACCGGAGAGGGCGCGGCAUUGACGGUCGUGGGCAGCAGUAGGAGGCAAGACGGCAGUGCGAGGCUGUUCAAGGUCGAGGUGCCGGUGCUGGACUGCUACUUCAGCGGCACGGGAGACAUGUUCGCGGCGCUGAUGGUGGCGCGGCUGCGCGAGGCGUGCGCGCAGAUGAACCUGCUGGACCGCCCAUCGUGGAUGCCCGACGACGACGUCGAAGCCGUCGACCUGCCCCUCGCCAAGGCCACGGAGAAGGUGCUCAACAGCAUGCACAUGAUCCUGGAGAAGACCAUCGCCGCCCGGAAUGAGGAGAUGACCAUGUUCGGGAGGAGUCCGGGCGCGAGCGUGGGCGGCGUCGAAGGGGAAGGGGAAACGGUGAGCGAGAGCAAGAGGAGGUUUCUGGCCGAGAACAAGGCGGCCGAGGUGCGCGUGGUCAGGAAUGCAAAGGAUCUGGUCCUCCCCGAAGACCGGUACCGGGCUCAGGCGAUGGACGUGUAAAUUCCAGGCUAAAGAUUUUUCGAAAAGAAGGAGAUAGAAGGAGAAGAGACAGCUAGAGAUGGAUGGUUUGUCGACACUGGCAUUGGUGUCUACUCCUCUCCAUGCAUUGAACGAUCUAUCCUUUUACCCUGCAGUGAGCAGACACAGAAAGCACAUAACAUCAUAAACUCCCUUUUCGUG